AGACUUUAUCUCAGACCAAGUAGGUUACCAUGCACAUAACUCAAAGUUAUGCAUCUGCUAUGCUACCUAACUCUUGACUAAUCCUUAAGCAUUAGCCUGCUAUGCCGCUACCAAAUUGCCCUUCAUCUUUUCCAUUUUGUCAUUGAAGCAUCUUUUCAUUUUCAAUUAUUAUAUUAAUUACAUCAGGCAAUCAUACUUUUGGUUGUCUUUUUUUAGUCAAGAAAUGCUGCACAUUGGAAAGAGGAGAUUCCUACAAAAUUUUAUAUUGCUGAUUCAUGUAACUAGCUGGUCUUAAGAUCUAUGCUAUUGAGUUUAAUAUUCGAACCUCUUGGUACAGGAGCGGUCCUUCCCAACCUAUCUUCUAUCUGGAAACCUCCUCCCUCCCAACUAGAUGGCGAGUCUUCAGCAUCAAAUGCAUCCCCAUGCACUGAAUCGGCGAGUAUUAAGCGAAAAUUACAGCAUCGAUUGCUAUUUUUGCGGGCAAGUGAUUCAGGGCUCAGCCUACUGUUGUCAAGAGCACUGCUGGUAUCACCUCCAUGAAUCGUGCGCCUUACUGGAACUUCCUCUCCAAAUAUUACACCAUCCAUUUCAUCCCCAACACCCGCUUGAGCUCAUCCCCAACACUGCCAACGGUACAGACUGUGGUUACUCCUGUGGCGAUUGCAACUACUUUAUGGAAUUAAAACUUGCUGUUGCGACACUGCCUCCAGAAAACAACGAGGAUCAAGAGGAGGAGAGCAAGGAAGAGGAGGGCAUAAUAAUCCAUCAUGUUUCUCAUGAUCACCCACUCAUCUCCUUCCGUGCAAAGAUGCCCGAGUGGAUCACGUGCAGAGGAUGCUGGGUUAAAGAGUCGGGUCGAGUUUAUUAUGGGUGUGGCGAGUGCCAGUUCUUGCUCCAUCAGUCUUGUGCUCAGGCACAUCCAGAGAUCCGACAUCCUUUUCAUCCGCAACAUCCUCUCACCCUUGUUUUCUAUUAUGAGAAUCGCUUUCGAUGCCAAGCAUGUGGUUUUGAAAAAAAAAGGCAGCUAGCAUACUACUGCCAUGAAUGCCGGUUCCACCUCGAUGUGCCUUGUGCUGCUCUCUUUGGUUCCCUCCUGAAAAAUGAGGACCGCACGAUGAUCCAACACUUUUCCCAUCCGCACCAAAUGACAUCCUUUCAUUUACAAAUGAAGGCGGCGUAUAUCUUCUGCCCAGUUUGUAUCCUUCAGUUAUCUGGUGAAGUUUAUUUUUGCCCCGACUGCUUUUUCCUCAUCCACAGAUCCUGCGCUGAUAAGUUAUCCCCAGAGAUAGUGCACUUCCUUCAUCCCAGCCACCCUCUCAAGCUCCUAGAAAAGCCUUGGUACAGUUCGGGAAGAUACACUUGCAGUUCCUGUUGGAGAGAUGACGGUUCGGCUCUGCAUUUCAAUUGUAAAAAAUGUAUGUUCGACCUUCACCCUGGUUGUGCUAUGACUACUCUCAUUGCUGCUCAAGAUGGGGUAGCAACCGAAUUUCAACCUCAUGCUCAUGAACACCCGAUGACUCUUUGUGUAACGACAGACAAGACAGACAAGCGCUGUGCAGCUUGUGAGUUCUACGUCGACGACCAGCUAACCUAUUCUUGCAGUCUCUGCAUUGAGGGUUUUGUGCUCCAUAAAUCAUGCGCAGAGCUACCUAGGGAGAUAGAACACGCAUUUCACCCGGCACACCCACUCACCCUUCUCCCUCAGGCACCAGCAGACUACUUCUACUGCAGUGCUUGUCGCGCAAGGUUUGAAGGCUUCACAUUCUGCUGCAUAACUUGCCAGUUCUACAUAGACAUAGGCUGCGCUUCCCUAAAGCCGACUCUGAAACAUCCACGCCAUGAGCACAGUUUAAUUUACUUCGACAAAAUUCCUAUCCUAGGGCGGUGUGAUUCUUGUGGAAAGGGCAAUAACAUUGAUGCAUAUUGUUGCCUGCUGUGCAACUUUAUUCUUCACCAUGAUUGCCUCCCUCUACCACCUUCUGUCAACCACAAAUGCCACCCUUAUCAUCCAUUGAUCCUGAGCGAUAAAUUCAUCGAUGGAAACCCUGACAGCCAGUACUGUGAUUAUUGUGAGAAAAUCAGGAAUCCAGAUCACGGUGUUUAUCGGUGCGAAGAAUGCUGGUACACGGCCCACAUUGGCUGCGUGAUAACAGAAACUGAGAGUGAACCAGAUCUGUUAGGGGAGCCAUACGAAGAUCCUCAUCUCACCAGAAUGAAUGAAGAAAUAGCAAAUUUGGAGGCGGCGAUAGAGGUAAUACGUAGCAACCUGAAGGCAUCUAGGGAGAAACUGGAGGCACUUAAAAGACAGAGAGACAGAGACUUCUCAAAACCGUAAGGAGAGUGUACGUCAUAUGCUCUCCUGACAGAUCAAACUUCGUCUCUCUCAUCGGUUAGUGAACUGCAUAUUGUUUGUGGCUGAACGUAGCAGGUGGUAGGAAGCAGUUCUAUUGUUUCUCUAAUUUACUUUGGCUUUCUGAUCCAGGAAUGAAGUUUCAUUCACAUCCUAUGGUGAUAGACUCCCUAUUCAUAGUCCUCCCAACCCAUCAAACUCUGUUGAGAAGCCAUAUACUUUCACCUAUCCCAUGGAAUGCACUUUUAGAUUAAGGAGAUAAGCUAAAAUAUAAUUACCUUUGAGUUCGACAUUUCAGUUUGACACAUAAAAAAUGUGCUGUUUGCAUACUAGGUAGUUGGUAAGGUAAAGGCUGACCAACUCAACAAUUAUUCAACGGAAAAUAAGAGCUCUGCCUCAGGGUGCAGCUAAGAUAUCAAUAUCUUCAGUUUAUGUCGUUGAGAUCAUAUGUGGUGUCACGACCCGAAAUUUCAGCAACAUUUUUCCUAAAGUUCUAAACUUUUGAGGUCAAAUAUUAAUGCUAAUUAAAUUAUAAUAUUUCCUUCAUGAUCAGCCAUAAGUAUAUAUAGAAAAUCAUAUAUCUCAAAAAAGAUAAAUAUAGCAUAUUUCUUACAGCAUCCCAUGAGUAGUUAAACAAAAUCUUUCGGGUCAUAACUUAUUACAAGCACUAUAUACAUAGCUCUAAUACCUGUAAAACAUAAAGUCCUAGCUAACUAUCUUCCAUGUCGAACCUCGAUAUCAAAAUGAUUCUCCCGUGCAGCCUCUAACUUAUCUGAAAAAUAAUAUGCAGAGUGUGAGUUGCAUCUCAGUGAUCACAAGAUUCCACAGUAAAAUGAACUACUAUUAAAUAAGAAAAAUAUUUUUAAACGACCAAGUGUUCAUAUGGAUAAUACUAGCAUACACAAGUUUGUCAUUUUAUUCCCCAACACAGCAUGUUAUACAAUAUAUACAAAUAAUUACUAAAUUCAUUCUUAAACAAUCAAUUAUCUUUAUAACCAUAUAAUAAUAUUAGAAUUAACCAUUAACUCAGCACUACCUAACAUUCAUGCACUGACUAAAUCAAGCUCUAGCAAACAACACAGUUUUCACAAAACAACUUCAAACAACCUCAACAAUCAUCACAUCUAUAGCAGUCAGACAAGACAAACAAUAUACAGCACAAUCAAUCAAUAUAGUUAUAGGAUCGCAUUUUCUCGCAACCGAGUUACAACUAGCAUAGUGACCCUGCAUCUCAGCUUAAAUCUCCAUUACUCACCUUACCACUUCUCAUAAACGGAGGCCACCCAUUAUCAAACCUCCAACCCAACUUCCAUUUUAUAUCCGUCGGUUUAGCGAUCUAGGUGUCCAUUUUAUAUCCCGUCCAAUCAGGCAGUCUAGAUGUCCAUUUUAUAUCCCGUCAGAUCAAUGGUCAACCACACGCCCAAUCCUAAUUUGCCGGGUCUAACAGUCCCAUAUCUAUAACAAUCGAAAAAUAUCAGUACAUAUCUCAAGUUAAAAUGAAACAUAAGAGGGUAAUAUCUCUCAAAUCCUUUCACAUAAUAUAGGAAAACCGAUUCUUUAAUCUCUAACUAUCACAACAUUCUUCUUAAAUAAUUUAUAUAAUUAUAAUACAUCAUUUCACAAGGGAAUAUAGUUCUCACAAAACUCCCAAGAUAUAUAAUUAGAUUACAAAUAGCGUGCCUUGGUCUUAUCAAUUGCAAUCAUAACAAGAAAACAUAUCAUCUAUCAUAUCAAUUCUACCCAUAUAUAUAUACACACAUAUAUAUCUCAUACAUGACCACUUCACAAGUUUACAUUCCAUCCACUUUAAUUUCCGUCAGCAUUAACAACCAAUCAAUACCAAUUUGUCUUAUUUCUCAAAUCACCCUUUAACAAGCUUUAAACUCACAUAUUACUCAAGCAAUUAAACAAAUUAAUCCUUAUAAACUUAACACAUUCCUCAAUGUCCAACUUGGCUUGUUUAUCCCAUCACAAUUAAACAAAAUCCUAAUUCAAUAAAAUUAGUAAGGUAAAACCAUACUAAAUCCCUAGAAGCAUUAAAAGAAAAGGAAAGCACACUUUUCACAUUAAAAGAAAAUAUGUUUCUUCUUGUCAGAUUUAGUUAGUAAAUAAUCCUUGUAAAACAUAAUAUUAAUAACUUGUAAUUUAAGUUCACAUAGAACCAAUAUUCAAGGAAAACUCAAUCAUAUGAUAAGAAGAACCCAAUUCACUACAUCUCACAUGAUCCACCCAAAUCCUACCGUGCUACCAAGCAACUACCUCCAUCUUCUACGUCAAAAUCUGCACAUCACCUCUCCCUCAAUUCUCCUCUCAAUCUUUUCUCUAAUAGUCACUCUUCAUGCUCUAUUCCAUAAUUAUAAAUAAAUUCAGCUGACCUAACACACUCUAAAUUCACAGAAGAACGUAAUCAGAGAAGUGAAAUUACAUACCUGACAUGCCCAUAAUCAAUAUAUACAUGCUAUAUAUAUAUACACACACACUAGAUGCAUGAUUGGGUAAAAAUGCCGGGUCUCACAUGUGGACGGUCGGCAUCUACUGUUCACCUUGGUAAGCUUCAGUAAUGGACGUUUACAUCAACCCUCUUCAUUGGUAAGCUUUGCACCAUACGUGUUCAGUCAAAAUUAGACAUUGCUUCUUCAGCUUGUUCAUAUACCACGUGUGUUCACAUAUGGAGUAGGUAGUGGCUUGCUUGCUGUGAAGAAGAUUAUGUGUGAGAGGAUAUAAGAACCACUCUCCCGGUUCACUGGAUGUACCUGUAGAUAUUUGCUACUAUUUUCUCUUUGUUCUGUUCGUCUUUGAAAGAAUUAGAUUGAAUUUUCUUGCCAAAAUAAGCUUUAGGUGGGUGGACUAAAGAUAAAUUCUACUGAUAAGCUCUAACAGACCAAGAACUGUGACGUUAAGCCACAAUGUUGAUUUUCAAUUGACACUCAAGCUUUUCCAUUGCUCCUAUUCCCACGUGAUUAGUCUCGCGAAGUUGGUAUUACUCGAACGUCCGAGUAACACCACAAUUCUGCAGGAUAUCUCCGAAUAAGUUGAUGCUUACUUCUAUGUUAACAGAUACAUUUAGUGGCAAGUUUUUCGAGAUGGCAAUGAAGUUCCAUUUGCCCAAUCAAAUAAUUCAGUACUCCUCAUUACUUUCUUAUUCGUCAACUGCAUACAUGCUAUAGACUGCCGGACCAAAGUAACAUACUUGUGAUAUAUAUAGCUCAUGUUGAUUCAUUUUACGGGUGACUCUUUUUUGCGAUACCGUUAUCGACUCUGAUGUGAGACCCGGUAAUUUUAUUACAAUCAUGCAUGCAUACAUACAUAUAUACUUACAUAUGUGUGUAUAUAUAUAUGUAUUAUAUAUAAUAUGCUUUUAUGUGCUGGAGCAUGGCAUGGGCUCCACGUGCCAUUUCUUUUUCUUUCUUCCUUUGUUUUGUUCUGCUACUUUCUUUUUCUUCCUUUGUUCAAUUCUGCUGCGGGAAAACGAAGAAGAAACAGAGCACUAGAGGGAGGGAGAGAAAGAGAAAACAGGCGAGAGAAAGAGAAGGAGAGAAAAGAGUGAAUGAGCUUUGGGCCUAGCUCGGAAGGAAGAAUAUACAGAGCAGGGAGUACAUGAAGAUAAUAGAGGCUGUUGAUGAUGGAAAAAAAAAUGUAAGGUGAGAGGUUGAAGAAUCAAACAGAGAUGAACGGGAACAGGACAUCAAAGGGAAGUGAGAAUAUGCAGCAACAGGAACUGAGAGAGUGCAAUAAAGGCUCAAGGAGAGGUUUAAGGGAGAGUACUGUGUUGGUUUCGGGUAUGGAUGAAUAAUAAUAGUGGAUGAACUGUCUUCUUAUUCUUUUUCAGAACCGAGGAAACCGAGACUAUACACCUGGAAGGCUCGACUCGUUGAGUUAUCAUUUUGGGGGUCUUUGUGAGAAUUUUUAUUCCACUAUAGAAUGAAAUUAAAUCUUAAAUAAUGAUAUAAAUGCUUGUUUGAAUGAGAUAAGUUGAAUGAAGAUAGUAUGAGGAUUUUGAGUAUUUAUUGUAAAUGAAUUCGCUUAAUUGCGGUGUGGUGAUAUUAUUGUUUAUAGCCAUGAUCCGACAGUAUAUAAAAAGGGAUGCCUAGACCUCUGAUCUGGCAGGAUACAAAUAGAGACGCCUAGGCCGCUGAUCCGGUAGGAUAUAAAAAGGGAUGCCUAGACCGUUGAUCCGACGGGAUAUAAAAUGGAUGUCUAGACUCCUACUGUCAGAGGAUAACAGGCAGCCCUCAGUUAUGAGAAAUCAAAUGAGGAGUUGUUGGAUAUGAGUGCGGGGUCACGGUACCAUCGAAACUCUGUCGCGAGAAUUGCGACCCUAUGGCUACUAUUAUUUGUUGCUUAAGAAUGAUUGCUUGAGUUAUGAAAUAUUGAAUUGGCUGAUAAGAGAAAUGCUAAAUAUUGGAAAGUGGGUAUAUUUAUCAUUAAAAAUUUUGAAGUAAAUGAUAUGACUGUAAUUGUUGAUGUGAAUGCAUAAACAAGUUGAUAUUUCAUUUUGUUGUAGAAUGUAAUACUCACUGAGAUGUAGCCCACCCCCCUGCAUAUAUUUUUUUUCAGAUGAUCUAGGAGCUAGACUAGCCGUACGGGAUAACUGUUUGGACAACGGGGAUCAGCGUGGAGGAUUUUUGCAGUUAGGCCCACUCAUAGUAUAAGUAGUAAGUUCUUGUAGAAUGCUAUGAUCAUGUUACGACCUGAAACUUUUGUUUAGUUAGUUUAGAGAUUUGGUUGAGAAGAAAAUACUCUGUUGAGAUGUAUAUAUGUAUUGGAACUUGCUGGAUUGGCCAUAUGUUUUUGAAAGAUGUGGGAAGCAGGUUUUAUAUAAAUAGUUUAUUUGAUAUUGGAUAUUGAGGAAAUACAGAGGAAACUCUGCUGAAUUUUUGGGUCCUGAUAUCUGAACUUAGUAAAUACUAGCUGGAGCAGUAAAGGACAUUUGUAAGGACAAUGGCAACCUAUUAUUGUCAUAAACUUCUGGGAUUUUUAUGGACUGUUGUCAACCCAAUUUUUUGAUAUCUAAUUUAAAAUUCUUGAUCAUAAAAAAGCAAACAUUUUUUUAUAUAAACCAAAAAAAAAACUUUAAAUCACACUUUCUGAACUAUUUGUGCGUGCUUGUUAUCUUUGCUUGCCACCUCAUUUAUGUUCUUCCGGGACAUCAGGUAUAGUCAAACACAGUAUUCAGAUGCUUUUUGGGGCGCUGUAUCUGAUGUUCCGAAUUGGUUGUCCCUUCCGUAAAAGUUCUCCUAUUUUCAAUAUCAGUUACAAUUUCAAUCUGACAUUGAAUCAAUAUACUUAGUCCUACUUGAAACACAGUUCUGGGGGUCUACGAACGAAGGAAUUUUUCCUUGUCCGUGGGAGAAAGGAAUCUAGUUUGUUUUUAACAUUUAUCGUUCUCAGAAAAAAUUUUGAUCAAUUCCAUGCGACAGAAAGCAGUGGUGUCACGACCUGCUUUCCACAUCUUCCAAAAACGUAUGACCGACCCAGCAGAUUCUAAUAAAUAUAUACAUCUCAACAGAGUAUUUUCUUCUCAAUUACAUCUCUAAACCAACUAAUCAAAAAUUUCAAAUCGUAACAUGAUCAUAACAUUAUACCAGAACUUACUACUUAUACUAUGAGUGGGCCUAACUGCAAAAAUCCUCCACGCUGAUCCCCGUUAUCCAAAAAGUUAUCUUGUGCGGCUAGUCUAGCUCAUAGCUCAUCUAGAAAAAAUAUAUAUGCAGGAGGUAAGCUGCAUCUUAGUGAGUAUUAAAUUUCACAAUAAAAUGAAGUAUUAAACUUGUUUAUGCAUUCACAUUAACAAUUACAGUCGUAUCAUUUACUUCAAAAUUUCUAAUGAUAUAUAUAUAUACAUGCUUUUCAGCCUUGAACCUUUCUCUUAUCAGCCAAUUCAAUAUUUCAUAACUCGAGCAAUCAUUCUUAAGCAACUAGUAAUAGUAGUCAUAGGGUCGCAAUCCUUGCGACAGAGUUUCGACGGUACCGUGACCCCACACUCAUAUCCACAAAUUCCUCAUUUCAUGUGAAAUCCCACAUUUUUAUAGGCAUUCACAUGCAUAUGGUGCACACAUGUGUGUGUGUGUACACUUAUGUAUGAAAGAAGUCCAUGGGCUAGCGUUAGUGGAUUAAGGUCAUUAAGCCCACAAGGCCUCCAAUAUUCUCCCUCAGCCAAUACUUUAUUUUAAAUUAAUUUUUAAUUAUUUCCUUCUUGAAGCUUCUUCCGCCACCUUUAACUCCUUUUUGCUUCAUCUUGGGUUUUAAUUUUCGGGGGCUGUGUUCUUCGACUGAAGAAGAAACAGAGCAAAAACAGAGAGAGAGAGAGAGAGUGAGCUGAGCGAACUGAAGAGGAAGAAGAAGAGGACGAAGAGGAAGAGAAGAAUAUCUUCGAGAAGCUUCUGCUUUGAUUUCCUUUUUACUAUAACUCGAUUUCAAUGGAGGUUUGUGAAUUUUUUUGCCUUGCUUUCUUCCUGGAGUUCUGAUUUGGGGAUCUCGUAUGUGUACAGAUAACUAAAAGAGGUCUCAUACAUUAGAAGGAUCGAGGAGACUGAAUUCUUGCACUCUGAAGGCUUGACUCGGUGAGCUAUCUUUCUUGGAGUUGUCGAUAGGCUUCCAGCUACGCGGAAGAAACACUUUUUGAUAUCGGGGAUCAGCUCGGAGAACUAGGUAGGGACCUUAGUUAUUUGAUAGAUAUCCUUUUUGGUAUAGAAUGGAUUUAAAAAUAUUACGACCUGAAAUUUUGUUUAGUUGUAUUACAGAUAUUGGUGCGAAAAAGAAAAUUUCUCUUUUUUUGAGAUGUAUAUACAUAUUAGAGCUUACCAGGUUGGUUGUAUAUUUUUGGGAAUUUUAUGAAAAGCCAAUUUUAGGUGAA